AGCUUGUUGCUAGGUGGGGUGACGUCACCAGCCUUUAGUGACAGCCUCUUGCUAGGGUUAUUUUCCGGGACGGAAGAAGAGGGGGGGUCGGAGAAAAUCCGCAGUAAUCCUCCGUUACCGAGCCACCGAGGAGUCCCGGAGCGGCGGGGAACAGCGAGUACGGAGCCUGACGUCACCUUCCAGCCCGGUAUCGUUGGCCCUGAGCGCGGAUGGAGGCCGGGAACUGAUGGUGAAAAGUGCCCCGGGGUUCAGAGACGGAGAACGGGCCUGAGGAGCUGCCAUGGAGCUGAGGGUCGGGAACCGGUACCGGCUGGGCCGGAAGAUCGGCAGCGGAUCUUUUGGAGACAUUUAUUUAGGCACUGACAUCGCAGCAGCUGAGGAAGUUGCAAUAAAGUUAGAAUGUGUGAAGACGAAGCAUCCCCAGCUCCACAUCGAGAGCAAGAUCUACAAGAUGAUGCAAGGAGGAGUGGGAAUCCCAACCAUAAAGUGGUGCGGCGCGGAGGGCGACUAUAACGUCAUGGUGAUGGAGUUGCUGGGACCAAGCCUGGAAGAUCUCUUCAACUUCUGCUCCAGGAAAUUCAGCUUGAAAACCGUACUGCUGCUAGCCGACCAGAUGAUUAGUCGCAUUGAGUACAUCCAUUCCAAGAACUUCAUUCAUCGAGAUGUCAAGCCAGAUAACUUUCUAAUGGGCCUCGGCAAGAAAGGAAAUCUGGUCUACAUCAUAGACUUUGGCCUUGCGAAGAAGUACAGAGAUGCCCGCACACACCAGCAUAUACCCUAUCGCGAAAACAAGAACUUAACCGGCACCGCAAGAUAUGCCUCCAUAAACACUCACCUGGGCAUAGAACAAUCUCGCAGAGAUGAUCUGGAGUCUCUCGGCUACGUGCUGAUGUAUUUCAACCUGGGCUCCCUGCCAUGGCAAGGACUGAAAGCUGCCACCAAGAGGCAGAAAUAUGAACGCAUCAGCGAGAAAAAGAUGUCAACGCCCAUUGAGGUCUUAUGUAAAAGUUACCCUUCUGAGUUUGCCACCUACUUGAACUUCUGCAGAUCUCUACGUUUUGAUGACAAACCAGACUAUUCUUACUUGAGGCAGUUAUUCAGGAAUCUGUUCCACCGUCAAGGCUUCUCCUACGAUUAUGUGUUUGAUUGGAACAUGCUGAAAUUUGGGGCAAGCCGUGCUGCCGAAGAUGCAGAACGUGAACGGAGAGAGCGGGAAGAGCGUCUAAGACACACACGGAACCCCGCAGUCCGAGGAUUGCCCUCCACUGCUUCAGGUAGACUAAGAGGCACCCAGGAAGUCACUCCACCAACUCCUCUCACUCCAACCUCCCACACAGCAAACACUUCACCACGACCCGUUUCUGGCAUGGAGCGCGAGCGCAAAGUCAGCAUGAGAUUACAUCGUGGCGCUCCUGUUAACGUGUCGUCCUCUGAUCUUACCGGCAGACAAGAUACCUCCCGCAUGUCAACCUCACAGAUUCCAAGUCGGGUGGCAUCCAGCGGUUUCCCUUCCACCGUGCACCGAUGAUCACAUUCCUCUUGGAGGGCGGUUUAAUGCAUGGCUAACCUUUUUUCAGUGGUUUCACUAGCAAAAAAAAUUAAAUAAAAAAGUAAAAAAAAAAAUUAAAAAAAUCACAGCCCACAACAAAACCCUGAAUUUAAAAACUAACCAAAUGGAAAAUGGAGCUUUACAUGCUUUUUACCAAGAUAAUAAUCCGAGCAAUUACCAGCCGGCGGGACGGAGUUUUGAGGAGUGGCGCGAUGGCCAUGCAAGAACUUUGAGCACCCGUGUGCGAGCGUAGACUCUUGACGCCAAAUACAGAAUUGCCAUCUUUUACUUAUUUCAGGGGCCCUUUUUAUUCUGUAUGUUAAAUGUCUUUUUUUUUUCCUUUUUUUUUGUGUGUUUGUUAAAGAAUUACAUCUGUCAGUGCCAGACUUGUCUGCUUCCACAGUGACAGCAGUUUUGUAGCAUUUAAGGUGAGCAGUUGGUAAUUUUACUGGAAAAGUGUCCAGGCAUGGAUGGGCUUCAUGUUAUUUUUUUUUAUUAUUUUUUUUACCCUCCCUUUAAUGAAUAUUUAAUUAUUAUUUUUUUUGUUUUUUUGUGUGCAUUUUCUCCUUUUUAAAUUUUUAGUUUUCCCAAGUAAAGUACAUAUAUUUUGUUCAUAUUUUUAAUUCUUCAACUUUUUUUUUUUUUUUAUUGGGGUCGAUAAAAGCAUUCCUAUGCAUAGCUGUUAUAGGUUUAACGCAGCAAAAAUCGCAGCGUUGGCGUUCAUAGUGUCAAAAAAAGAAAAAAUUUGUUACCUCUAUUUUCUACGGGGGAAAAAAAAACACUUGCAAUUUUUAUUUUUUUUUCUCAGUCUUUGUUUGAAAACAUAUCACUGUUGUUGUAUAGACACCAUUUAGUUCCAUAUCGAAAGUCACAAACUUGUCCAUUUUGUAGAUUUUUGAAGCCUUGGAUAGUAUCGGAUCAUUGCAUCGCCGCUGUUCUCGAAAGCCUCAAGUUAUCACUGUAGCAAAUCAAAUUUUUCGAAAAAGGCCACUUCAGUGUUCGUAGAGUUGACAUCAACUUGUCCCAAACGCGCAUCCCUCACGUACAACGAGCCGCAGUGCGAGACCCUCGGAGGUGCUGGCUCGUAAGAUGGGUUGCCCACAGAAAAGGAUGUUUUUGCAAUAUUUGACGAUUGUUUAAAUUUUUGUGAUGGGUGGGUGGGGCUAGCGGGAGGUGGGAGGGGGGGAAAAAGGGGGUGGGGUUUCAAAAUGUUCGAUGUGGUCUAUUGGUUGUGUUUUUAAAAGGUUUAAAUAUCUUCUUCUUCCUUCUGUAGCCUUCACAGCGAUCCUUUUUAUGGUACAGGAAGUGUGUUAGGUGGGUAUUUACAGUACUAAGUAGGGCUUUGUGUUCUUGUUGUAAGGGAGUUUUACUGAUUAUUUCUUAAAAAUAAUGUGAGGCUUGCCCCAGAAGGAGUUGUCCUUGUAUGCUAGUAUAACCCGUAAGACUUUUUUGCGCAUGUCCCAUGUUCCUUGUACGAUUCUUCACAGCGUGAUUUUUUUUUUUUUUUUUUUUUUUCCUUUGUAAAUAUCUGUGAAUGUCCUGUUAACUGACCGACUUUUCUAACCACUGUACACAAGAUCUUUGCGUCGUCUAUUCCAGCCGAGGGGAGCGCUCCUUCCCUCGGGUUUUUCUUUUUUUGCCAUAAAAACGACCGAAUGUUUUUUUUCCUGGGAUCGGGAAAAAAAAAUCCUGUACAUUGAUACUUAUUGCGCAAACAACAAUUUGUAUCACUACUGUAUUUGUGUACUUUACAAAUUGUGUAAAUAAUAAAUUCGUAACUUCUA